AUGCGUUACACUAUCGCCGUCGCUGCCUUCGCUGGCCUUGCUGCCGCCGUUCCCCAAUACGGCGCGUACCCUGCUGCCCCAGCCAGCACUCCCGCCGCCCCGGCUUACCCUGCCUACCCUGCUCAGCCUGCUGAGUCCUCCUCUGCUCCUGCGUACCCCGCGUACCCCGCUGGUACUCCCUCUGCUCCCGCCGAGUACCCCGCUGGCACUCCCUCCAAGCCUGCCGAGUACCCAGCUGAGACUCCCUCCAAGCCUGCUGAGUACCCCGCUGGCACCCCCUCUGCUCCCGCCGAGUACCCAGCUGGCACUCCCUCUGCUCCCGCCGAGUACCCAGCUGAGACUCCCUCCAAGCCUGCUGAGUACCCAGCUGGUACUCCCUCUGCUCCCGCCGAGUACCCCGCUGGCACUCCCUCCAAGCCUGCUGAGUACCCGGUCGAGUCCACCAAGACCCCUGAGGUACCCGAGGCCGAGACCACCUCUUGCCUAAGCUCCACCACCAUCACCGUCACCGUCCCCUACCCCACCGGUACCCCCGUGGUUCCUGGUGCUGGUAAGCCUUCCGGCACCCCCGUUGUUCCCGGUGCUGGUAAGCCUUCCGGCACCCCCGUUGUUCCCGGUGCUGGCAAGCCCACCGGCGGUGCUCCUUACCCAUCUGUCCCCGUCGGUGGUGCCCCCUACCCCUCUGUCCCUGCUGGCACUGGUGCUCCUCCUGCUGGCACUGGCUACCCCACCAAGACCGGUGGCUAUGUCAAGCCUUCCACCCCUGCUGAGUUCACUGGUGCUGCCUCUGCUCUCAACGUCGGUGGCUUCGUUGCCGGUGUUGGUGCUUUCGCUGCUUUCUUCUUGUAA